AUGAGUUCGUUUGUUCCUGCGCAAUUUAGCUCUUUCACCACGAAUUUUGACUUUGACAAGCUGAAGACUGAUACGACAUCGUCGUUCCAAAGCCGACUUCGGUCGCUUAGAAGUCCACAAGACUUUUUCGAUUUCAGAAGAAUGAGCAAGCCAAGCGGCAUAUUCGAAGUUCAGCAAAGAGUGAAUUUCAACUUGACAUACUUCAGUUCAAACUACAUUCUCAUCACAGGCAUCAUCUGUUGCUAUUGCAUUCUGACCAACCUUUUAUUGUUUUUCAUUUUGGCAGCCGACGUGCUUAUUGUUUACCUGACACAGCUGCUGUUCAAAAAUUCGGACGAGCUUCAGUUCAGAGGUUUCAAGCUGUCUAAAUCAGCAAUUUACUCCACUCUGUUGUUGAUCAAUCUACCACUGCUUUUCGUGGCCAACCCCUUUACCACAUUGAUCUGGCUUGCAACAGCGAGUGCUGCAGUUGUUCUGCCCCAUGCUGUCCUCAUGGAGAAGCCAAUAGAUGCCUCCUUUGCCGAAGUCGUUUAG